ACGAUGACCCAAGGCCGCCGAUGCAUUUCCAAGUAAAAUUUCAGAUUCGAAGUUUAACUACGGGAGAAUGUAUGAAGCCACGCCGACAUCUCCUAUUAUAGCAGGCAUUUUAGAGGGCAAUGACAACUUGGAUGUUGGAAGUAGUUUCAUGAGUAUUUUUGAAAACAACAGUAGCCUAUAUGAAGGGGUUGAGAAUUUGGGAAUUGAGCCUGCUUUGGUGGGCUUUUUAAGAGAUGAAUGUGAAGCACAUGAAAUGUGUGACUUUGGUGGUGAUGGAGUAAUAUUGAACCCACAUCCCAUUUCAUUUGCAAGUAUAACGAAUGUACGUGAUGCAACUACUUUCAUUACGUUGUUAGAAGAAGAGGGAGACUUGCAUGUCCAGGGGGCAGUGGGGACUAGUGCAAACACCAUAAACUGUUUGGAAACACAUGUUGACGCCAACGGUGAAGAUGAAGUGAUUGAUAAUGGAUUAAUGGGACAAUGUAAUGAAUCCUUGAUUGAGAAUAAUUCCGACCAACAGCAAAGACAAGAGUGGAUCCCGCUUCACAAAAGCUUCAACUCGACUGUUGUUGAAGCAGGGGGUUAUGACCACUUGACCUUUCUUGAAAAGGAUUGCCGGAAUUACGUGGAGCAAGUGAGGCGAGUUAAAAUAUGUGCAGACCAAGACAAGUCUAUGAAGGCUGCAAUUAAGAUUGUGUUCCCGGGAACCCAACACCGAUGGUGUUUGUGGCAUAUUUUGAAGAAACGUAAGAACUUUAAGGUUGAAUUCGACAGGGAAACAAAUUUUGCAAAAUGUGAAUGUCAUCUUUUUGAAUUCAGAGGAACGAUUUGGAGGCAUUGCUUGUGCGUACUAAUCCAAAACGAUGUAAAAGUCCUUCCAGAUACGUAUAUUCUCAGUAGAUGGCGGCGAGAUAUUAAGAGGAGUUACACAGUUGUUCGGAUGGAAUAUGAUGGAUUGCCCCGUACAGUUGAGCAAAGGAGGUGUGACAUGCUUUGUGCAAAGUUCCAAGAAUUUGCCCAGAUCGCAGCUGAUGAUGAGGAACGCACAAAAGAUAUUGUGGCUUGGAUCGAUAAACAAAUGCUUAUCCCAUCUCUGAGAAAGGCAAGUGACGAACGUAUUCCCGAGAACAUGGAAUUGGACAAAACUUUGACCAAAGAUAUAUUGGACCCUACUUAUUCAAAACGAAAAGGGGCCCCCAAGAAAAAUAGGCUAAAAUCUAUUUUCGAGACAAAAAACAGGAAAAGAAAGCAAGACAAGAAGAUUCGAGAUGAUCACGGUAAGAAAAAAAGUAGUGAACAACGUAAGGUGAACAAGAGCAAGCGGGGAAACCCUGAACAGCCAUCCACAACCCUUUUUACAUGCGUUGGUGACAUAGGUUGUGAAAAUACGCCGACGUGGGAUUGGCCGGGAGAAGAUGGUGUCUAUGACCUAACUUGCCCAAAUCUUGAUCUCAGGCUAUGAAUCGGUAGAUGGCCCAUCUUUUUUUGUUAACAUUUUGCUAUGCAUUUGCUCACACAUUUUUUGGUAAGUAUCACUAUGUAAUAUUUUGUAUUCACUACUUACAGAUGAUGUAAAUAAACAUAUUUUGUGGGCAAGUUGAACACUAUGUAAAUACUAGUUUUGCUAUGUAACAGUUUAACAUGUUGAUGUAAUUGUUUUUUGUUCAAUACACCAACACUUACUGUCGGGGUGGAAGUGGAUAUGUUUUGUUGUGUUACUGAGUGUGUGCUCUUGUAUUGUUAAAAAAAGCAUUGGUUAAUGU